AUAACGAUAUCACUCAUUAUUCAGCAAAAACCGCAAGAACGCAACAGAUUAAACUUUUAUCACAAAUAUUUAAAUCGUUUGAAAAAAUUUGAAAAGAAUGCUUGCAACAACUGUGGAAAUUGAAAUGUCUUCCAUUCUUGAAAGGAAAAAUAGAAAAAAAAACGACAGCAUUAAACAAACAAUUAAGCCUUCAUUAAUUGGAACCAUAUUUUGUUCGAAGCUUUUAUUUUUCAAAAAACCAAGUGGAAAUCAAAAAGGAUUCAGCAAAUUUGAAAAAAUUUUAAGAUCAGAAGAUGACAAAUCAUCAAUUAUCAGUAUGGUAUUCCGCUCUUUUCAAAAUGAAAAAUUUCUCUCAAAAACUAUUGAUCUACAAGCUGUGAUGAAGCAUUUUAUCGAAGGAAAUGGAAAUUUUCUAAAUCUGUUUAGCAUCCUUAUUUAUAACUGGCAUGAUAUGAGUGAUGAUUCCGAGUACUACCUUAUACUGAAAUUCAAAUCAUAUGAAAUGGCAUCAGACAACAAAGAGUCUUUAUUUGACAAGCUUUUUGAUAUAAUUGAGGAUAAAGAGAUGUCAAUGUAUCAUCAUUUAUGUUUAAAAAUAAUUUACUACUAUUUUGAUGAAGUCAACAAAUGUCAAGUUGAAAACAUCCUGGAAAAUACAAACAUUCAAAUUCUCAUUCAAAAAGCAAUAGAACUUAGAAAUGAAGAAUAUAAAAGGAGAAUCCUAAAAAUUCUACUCGUCUAUUUAGACAAUACAAAAGAUGAAACCUACAAUAAUAUUAAAAGGAAAGUACUCGAAUCUGUAAAGUAUGAUUUUAAUUUCACUUCGGUCUGCAAAGUAUCUUAUAAUUCUAUUGUACGAUAUUGCGACGAUAAAUUCUUCAAUCUUGUCUUCCUACUGAAAGAAAAUCAAGUGCUUCAUUUUAAAACAAAUUUUCAAGAAUGUAUAAAAACGUAUCAACAACUUCUUGGUGAUUAUUGGACGAAUGCCAUAAGGCUGAAUGCACAGUUUCUCUAUCGAAUGGCUGAAGAACAAGGUUUACGAGAUACUAGUGAAUUUUUGUUAAUUUCAACUGGAGAUUUUGAACUAAAACAACCGAUUGUUUCAAAAUUCAAAAAAUUGGAAGCAUUUUAUGUUGUUUUUAAUGAACCAAUGGAUGAAAAGGAUGAACAACUUUUGGAAUCACUCACAAAUUUCAUUAAAAAUGACUUUGUUUCUGUUGACGAUGACUAUGAAAUAUUCUUCGAUAUCUAUGAAUUUGAAAGAAGAUUCAAAAACACUCCACUUAUCAGAAAGUUGCUCUUUGGGAGAGAAGACUUAUCAAGCCCAAGUCUUUUUGAAAUGAUUUUAUCAAUGAAUAAUGCGAAUGUUUAUGAGAAAGCUGAUCACGACUAUGUCCUGAACUACAUCUGGAAUGAGUUUAGACUCUAUGAAGUACCGGAAAUAUUGACUAUUAAAAACCCUAUGCAAAAGACUUUGCUUGAUUAUGUCUUAGAGACUAGCAACAAUCGCCAUUUAAUGUCAUUCUUAAUGACCGUACCAUCGGAGUAUACAAACUCAACUCAGAAAACAAAACAUUACAUGAUGUUAAAGAACUCCUUGUACCAUGAUCACAGGACAGAUCCAAAUGAUAAAAGUUUGAUUGAGUUUCAUUUAAAUGUUAUCGAUGAAAAUGACGAAAGUGAUCCUUAUAAUUUGGAUAACUUGUUCUACUUAUUUGAAGAAAUAGGAAUUUAUACAAAAGAACAAACUAAGAAAAAUCAGUUUAUAAGAAGCAUUAUUGAGAAAGUAAUGCAGGAAAGAUCAGAAAGAUUUGAUGGACAACAUGAGUUAAGAUUACCAAGAAAACAUUUCCUGAUUGGCAUUCUCAUGAUUUAUUGGAUAUGCGAAAUUGAAAAAGAACAAUGUUGUAAAGUAGCUUCAGAUUCUUUAGAUGAAAUAAUUAAAUUUGAAGAUUAUCAAGAAUGCCCCACAAAAUUAAAAAUAACAAGCUUUACAGAUAAAGGAUUUUUGUUCUUCAAGCUUCUCUUCCUUAUAAUUAAUAAGCAAGAAGAAAAAUUUCACGAAAUUUUCGCUGACGAAAUGAAAAAAAUUGAAAAAUCCUUUUUGGAUGUUUAUCAGCUUGAAAGCACUUAUGACAACAAACAUCAGCAUGAAGACAGUGACAAUAUCUUUCAUUUCUAUGAAAAAUAUUCUGCAAAUUUCACAUAUGUCCUUCUAUAUGCCGCCAUUAAGUCAGGUCAAGAGAAAGUUGUUAAUCACAUUUUCAAGUACAAUAACUUUUUAAUAACGGAACCAACAUUUCCUGUAAAUAUUGAGCCUGAAGAAAUUCAUCUUCAUACAAUGGUUAAAUUUCUCGAAAAUAAAUAUGAAAUUGGAAGAGAUACAUUGCCUAGAAACUGGAUUACGCAUGAAGUUUUAGAGAAAUUUCUGAAUUCAAGGAUUGAGUCGCAUGGGGCAUUUUACAAAGUUGAUUGCAGAUUCAUGCUUCCUUAUUACAACUAUGAUUUGAAUAUAAAAUCUUCCAAGGAAGUGGAUGAUGAUUUGAUAAUGAACGAAGACUACGACACAAUGGAAUAUCUGUUAAAUGAUCAUGAGCUCAAGCCUUUAGUUACUCAUCCUGUUCUAGAAAUGAUAAUCAAGAUAAAAAUUCAGAAAUACAGUCGCAUACUCACAUGGAAUCUACUGGCAUUCAUAUUUUUCUAUAUUCUCCCUACAAUCGGAUUGGUGUAUUUAUUUCAUUCACAUGAUACAAGCCAAACUAUGCCAACCAACCAAACGGAUUUUAACACAACAAAUUUAGGAAGUAAUUACUUUAAAUUAGUCUCAAUUAUGAAACUAUUCCAUUAUUUCUUAGAGGAAACAUCACUUAACCUUAACUACAUCCUAAUAUACAUUCUGAUAAUAAUACGACUACCUUACAUUAUGGCUCGAGAAUACUUCCAAUAUCGUGUAUUAUACCGUGAAUCAUACUUUAAGGAAAGCUCAAACAUUGUUGAAUUUGGAUUGAUAAUUUUCCCAAUAGCCCUGCUGAUCACAACAAUAAUCCAACAGAUCCUGCAAAUUAAACUUUUCUUAAUUAUGAUUACGUUUUUCGAAUCCUUAAAUAUAAUCGCAAUGAUUGGAGCCACAGCUUUCUUAUUCCCAACUUUAAAGUUUUCAAUCUACUGGAUGUGCUUUCGAAGAGUUUUUAACAGUUACAUGAACAUUUUCAUUGUUUUUUUCCCAAUAUUUGUAGGAGUUUCUGCCUUGUCUUACAUUUUCUUCCAUGAUAAUAUAUCUGAAAAUUUUAUGGAAAAUUUGAUCAUGUAUGCUGGUGAACCAAUCGUUAGAAUUGAUAAAGUAUCAGGAUUUGUCCAAGGAUCAUUGAUGACAUUGAUCAUAAUUCUAGUCAUCAAUAAAGCAAAUCUUGUUCUGUCAAUUGCUGUCAAUGACAUAAAAAUCUUAAUGAAUCAGUCGAAAGAAUCAAGUCUAAUUUACAGUGCACGAAAAUAUGUCAAGUUUGCAAAGAAUAUAAGAAUUUUCUAUGCAUGCACUGAAUAUAAGGAAAAAAAGAGUAUACGAGAGAAAAUGUUGCUAAAAUUGAUUCGAUUGUUCUUGAUAAAAUAUCCAUUUAUACAUCGGCUACAAACUCUUUAUAUUGACAAAACGUCAAAGGCUGUUUAUGCUGAUAUUGAGAGAUCAAUAUUUGACACAAAAAAUUGUAAAAUAUCUUUAAAAUAUUUGAGUCUGACUGCAAUUUGCAAUUAUAUUUUCGGACCAUUUAAAUGUGACAUAGAAACUAUGGAAAAAAUCAAGAAAAUUGUUAAUUUAGUAUUAAAGCACAUCCACCAAAAAGCUCUUAAUAUUGACGAUAAAAUUACACAAAUUCAAAAUCCAAACUUUGGUAAAUUCUCAAAAUACAAAUGA